CCAGCGGCCUCCACCCCAGCUUCCCCAACACCACAGCCUGCACUCACCUCGGCUCUCGGACACCAUGGGGCUCAGCGACGGGGAGUGGCAGCUGGUGCUGAAUGUCUGGGGCAAGGUGGAAGGGGACCUCGGCGGCCAUGGGCAGGAGGUCCUCAUCAGGCUCUUUAAGGGCCACCCUGAGACACUGGAGAAGUUCGACAAGUUCAAGCACCUGAAGACAGAGGACGAGAUGCGGGCCAGCGAGGACCUGAAGAAGCACGGGACCACCGUGCUCACCGCGCUGGGCGGCAUCCUCAAGAAGAAGGGGCAGCACGCGGCUGAGCUCGCGCCCCUGGCCCAGUCACACGCCACCAAGCACAAGAUCCCGGUCAAGUACCUGGAGUUCAUCUCGGAGGCCAUUGUCCAGGUCCUGCAGAGCAAGCACCCUGGGGAUUUCGGUGCAGAUGCGCAGGGUGCCAUGAGCAAAGCGCUGGAGCUGUUCCGGAACGACAUUGCUGCCAAGUACAAGGAGCUGGGCUUCCAGGGCUGAGCUGCCCUGGGCCGGGAGCCGCUUGCUUGGGGAGGUGGCAGGGUGCGACAGACCCUGUCGCCCCAACCCUCUGCCCCAAUGCUGCCCCUGCUGCUCCACCCAGCUGUCCCCGCCUAAGCCACCCAGCUCCUCGCACCUUCCAGCUGCACCUCUGCCCCGAAUCCUGGCCAUUCCCCUCGCAAUCAGCGUCCUCCCGCCCUGUGCCUGCCUGAGGAACACGCUUGCGCCGCGGCUAGUGUGGGGUGACUCAUGGUUUCAAUAAAGGACUCUGCAGCUUC